UGUUGCGGUGUGUUGGCAGAAAUUUUUAGUAAAAAAACUUUACAAAAACGCUGUUUUUGUCAUCAUUUAUUCCCGGAUUGGACAUUUGAUCUGACAGAGAUCUCAAAUAACACCAUGAUGAUUAAAAAAUGCCCUCUAUUGAUUAUCCUUAACGUAAUCUGAGUAAUCUAUUUGAAAUGGAUGAAUCAGUAAUUGGACGUCUUGAGACUUGAGUGACAUUAAGUUAACUGCUUGAAGAAUGGAUCGUGCAUCGAGAUCAGAGCUUCUUGAUACGAUUGAGUCUCAGAGGGAACAACUGCAGAGAUAUGAGAAGAAGCUGAGGGAUCUCGUGCAUGCCUACAAAAGUUUGGGCAAGGAGAAAGAGGCAUUAGAGGCCACCUUAAAGUGUCUGAGUGCACCAGCCAAGAAACCACCAACUCCUCAACAGCCAAAGAAGGAUUCAUCUAGCAAUGAUGAGGACAGCUUUGUGGAUCCAUUGAAUGCUUCUGGAACAUCUGAGGAAUCUACCGACCAGCAGGAUGACGUCCAGCAUGUGCGGGACCAGCUUGCCACCCUCAUGUCCUCACUGGCUACUCUCACUCAAGAGAAGUCAGAGAUGGAAACGAGCUUCAAGGCUGAUAAAAGGAAGAUCAGACAAGAGACGGAAGAGAAAGUGAACAAGUUGGAGCACGAGCGGAACCAGAACCAGCAAAUUGCUCAAGAGUUGCAGGAUCAAGUGUUGGAGUUGAAAGCCAAGCUGAUUAGUCAUCAGUAUGAGAGGGAGAAGGAACAGAAUGAUCAUGGCGUCAUGAUGAGAGAACUGCAGAAACGCAUCUCGGAAGAGAGGUUGAUAAAAGAGAGCUUGGAACUCCAGUGUGAUGAGUUAAAGGGGAAACUCAUUGAAAAGGAGAACAUGCCCGACAUCUCUGUAGAGUAUGAGAAGAAGAUGCAGAAGAUGUGCCAGGAGUUGGAUGCUGUUAGGACAAGGUUAAAGGCAUCAGAAGAGAAGGCAGACCAGCCGUCACCGCUCUUGUUAGAGUUGCAGGGAGAGAUGGUGGGAAUGAAGGCAUCUCAUCGCAUCCAAGUCCAGAUGGAGCAGAAGCGGGCGAAUGAAGCGGAGGAGAGAGUUCAACUGGUCGCAUCCCAGAGUGAGCAGCGUGUCUCUGGCCUGGAGGCCAAGUUGUCAGAACUCUCGGAAGUAGUCGGCAACUACGAACGCACCCGCCUUCAUGACCAACAAGCCAUAGUCCGAUUAAGAGAACGGGUCACACAACUCGAUAUGGAAAACACUGCCCUUGCUCGUGCUGCCCAUCCGAAUAAUUCCGAGUUUGAUAGUGAUGAUGAUAGUAAUUUGGACAUUCAGGCGUUGGUCGAUAAGAUGAUGAAAGUGAAGGGGUUGCUGAAACUGGCAAAUGAAAGAUCUGAGAGACCUAUUAAUGUUGAAGAGUUACUGAAGGCACAUGCAAGUGCGGAAGAUGAGGAUGAAGAGCCUCAUAAACGAUGUCGAGAGGAACUGCUGCAACUCAAAGAGGAGUUUGAGAGAUACAAACUCCGAGCUCAAUCAGUGCUCAAGAAUAAAAGCUCAAAGGACUUGACAACUACUAAAGAGGUAGAUGGCGUCAAGAAACAGAACGGUGAACUGAAAGAUCGUGUGAAGUUGCUGCGAUAUCAGAUGGAAGAAGAGGAGACCAAGCACCAGACGAUCGUCGAGGAUAUGCGCAAAUCCAUCACGCGCAUGCAGGAGAAGCAUCAAGAUGAACUUAGCAAUGCUGAAACGGAAUAUAAGAAACGUGCGUCGGCUCUUGAACAGCAGCUCCACAAGCACCGUGAUCGGACAAUAGCUCUUUUGGUCGAGAAAGAUAAGGAGAUAGAAAUGUUGAAAAUGGGCAGCCCUGUCAAGAGUCUGAGUGGGGAUAGUUAUUCUGCUGCAAUAUUGCAGAGGUCAAGGUCGACGGAUAGUCAGGAGAGUCGCGAUGGUGGUCUAGGUACCGAAGAAGAAGUAGUGAACAGUUUAAUUCAGAAAUUGACAAUGUCGUCUGGUGUGCAGCCUGAUGGCGCGCUGUUGCAUUUCGCUCAUGAGCAGGCGCGGAAGAAUGUUGAGGUGAAUACGUUACGGAAGCAGAAGCGUGACCUUGAGUCGGCCUUGAGAGAUCUGCAGCAGAUGACAGCCACAAAGGAGGAGAGCUACCAAGAGCAGAUCGACUCGUUACGCGAGGAAAUACGCAAACAUGAGCGCAAUAAAAAUCGUGAAAGUGCCAAUCUAGAAUAUUUGAAAAACGUUGUGUAUCAGUACAUGAUAUGUAGUGAUUCCGUUGGUAGAAAACAAAUGUUGAAUGCCAUUGCGACGAUACUUCAAUUUAGCCCGAAGGAAAAGACAGCAGUUCUGCAAAUGAUGAACAGCUGGUGGGGUUACUCGCCACCGAAAGGUCAACCGCAACAGCAGACGACGACACGCUUAUAAGAGCAGAUGAUACAUAGUUUAUUUUGAGUCACAAGCUUUGUUGUGGUGAAGGCUUCCAUCAAAUUACUUCCACUUGGUAUAAAAUCUCUUCUAGUCAAAUGCAUGGUCAGUCCGAAUCAGUUUGGCAAUAGUCAUGGUCUGUGUGGUCCUGCAUAAGUAAAGGCAGAAGAUUUCGCUUUGAAGAAUGUACGUGUAGUCUUUAAAAAGUGUAAAAAGUAUUAUCUAAUUUUGAUAGUUGAAAUUCUGAAAUCUGCCAAGACAAAAAUAAAAUUUUGAAAAAUUUAGUAGUCUGUGAAAACGACCAGCAGUGAGAUUUCACUGGGGAUGAGUGGCUGACUGUUGUUUGUUACAACUGAUAAAACGGAGACUACUUGAGAUGGGGAGUCUGGCAUCUUGAGUAUAAUAUGAAAUGCUAUUUUUUCAUUACAGUUACAAGUCAUAAUAAUUAGUGUACCUGUAUCACUGGUGUCUUCCCCACCGUCUGGAUUUUCAUAAUUAUUGCCAGGUGAAAAACCAAUGUUCUUCCGACAACCCUAUUU